CAUCAGAAUGGAAGCCGGAAACGAAAGCAGCCAGCUUGAAUCUCCACAGAGGAACUUGUUUCUCUUUCCUCCACAAAAUCAGCAGCCGCAACAGCAGCAGCCGCAACAGCAGCAGCCACAGCAACAGCCACAGCAGCAGCCACAGCCGCAGUUCUCUCUCAGCCAGCAGGGAAUUAAUGGAAGCCAGCAGGGACUCGUACAUCACGUCUCUGUGAAAGUCCCGACUUUUUGGAAACAUGACCCCGAGGCUUGGUUUGACAUUGCCGAUUGCCAGUUCCACUUGGCCAAAGUUACCAACCAAGAGACUAAAUAUGCUCACGUUAUUAGCAACCUGUCCUACGAGGCCCACGUCGAGCUGAGAGAUAUUAUUCGUGCUCGUCCUGCAAGUGGCCAGUACGACUACUUGAAGGAAGCCGUCAUCAAGAGACUCGCACCCACCAAUGACCAAAAGCUGCGCCAGCUGCUCACUCAGGCCGAGAUCGGUGAUAAAACUCCAGCUCAGUUCUUCAGGCAUUUGGAAAGCCUUGCUGGAAAUUCCAUGACACGAGACGCAUUGCGGACCAUUUGGAUUGAUCGACUGCCUCCAGCGUAUGGUCCUCUGCUUUCAACGCUGACUGGUCUCCCUCUUGAGCAGCUUGCAGAGGUUGCAGACAAAAUUGCGCUCUCAAUGGCUGGACAAAAGCCAUCAGUCAACGCAGUUUCCUCAACAGUGACGACCGAGGACAUCAUGCAAUUUUUGGAGAAAAAACUGGAUGCUCUUUUCGCUGAGAAAUGUGAGGUCUACGCAGUGGCCCAAGGAAGGUCACGCCCUCAGAGGCGCAACCAAUCAAGAACCAGGCAGCAGAGAAGCCGCUCCAGAGGAGACUCUCUCAUUGACGGAGUUUGCUUCUACCAUCGGACUUUUGGCACCAAGGCUCGAAAGUGUUCGGAGGGCUGCACCAAGGCCACCCCGAAGCAGGAAAACUCCAAGAGCGGGCAGUAG